AUGAGUUAUUCUAAUCUCUCUCCUUCAAGCUAAUCAAGUGAAUCUAAUUCAUAAAGGAAUAAAAAGAAUAUUGUGAAUUUUGAUGUUAUUCAUGAUCCUGUUUUGGAGAAAAAUAAUGGUAACAAUUAAAGGAUUGGCAGAUCAUCUUUAAAGAAUUAAAAAAUGUAGAAUAUGGUGAAAACAGUCAAUAAAUAUUUAUAAACUUAUGAAAUAUAUUUAAAACUCUUACUUGGAAGACGGAUAAAAAGUAAAGAUGAAUAAAAGUUGAAUAAUAAAUUUGGUCGAUUCAUUGGAUAGAUUGAUGAAAAUAUCUUACCAGAGGCAGUAUUAAAGUAAAUAUUGAUAAUUAAUAAAGGUUUCCUAAUCCUGAUUGUUUAUAAUGCGAAUAGUUAGAAAUUAUGUCACCUAUCGAUACAAUCCUCUUUAUAGAAAAAGUUCUUAAAUUAGACAUGAAGAAAAUAGACAAUUAAAUAUUUAUGAAAGCUAUUGAAGGAGUGUAUACAAAGCUGAGUCCUUAUUUAAGAAGAAAUAAAAGUAAGUAUGGAUUAAAGUAAAACUCAAAUUUGAAAUCAGAAACAAUUCUCGAAUAGAUUCCAUUAGAUUAAGAAAAUAUUUAAACACCUUUUGAAAGCAUUCAUCAAAGAUAAUGGUAUAGAUGUUAAAGUUAUAAAAAAAUGGAUACACUCUCUAUAUUACUUUUGUAAAUGCAAAAUAAAUUAAUGGGAACAGAAACUGUAAAUUUAUAAUAGUAUAAAUAAACUGAUACAUUUGAUAUAGAUUAUUCUGCUAUUAAAGAGAUUAAACCUAAAAUAAUGUAAGGAGGUGGUUAUUUAAUUUAUAUUAAUGGAAAAUGGUAGAGAAGUCAUGAAGAUACCAGUGAUGUACUUACAUUAAUUAGAUAAAUCAUGCUUAUUUAAAUAAUGAUGAAUGGUUUUAGUGUUAGAAGCUGUAUAACAGAUGAUGGAAAGUAUAUUUUAUGUAGAUUAUAUGCUCAUGAAGAAAAUUUAAAAAGUUUAGCUGAAAGAUAAAAGUUAAAAAAGAAAUUGAAUUUUUGGUUUACAGAUCUUUUUUCAUUAGAACCAGUUGAUAAUUGUUAUAGGCCAUUGAGAUUGAAUAAUAGAAUAUGGAAGCCAAGUGAUUAUGAUGAUGUUACAGAGAUGUUUUUAUAUCUUAGACCGAAAAUCAUUAAAUUAUUAGAUGAAAUCAAUUUUAAAAGAGUUUCUAGAGAGACUAAUCAAAGCAGAAUAAAUGGGUAAUUGUUUUAAUAUGGGAAAAUGGAUUUAUAAGAUGAUGAAGAAUAACCAACUGAUGAAUAAUGGUUUGCUUACUAUUAAUAUUUAGUUCAUUUAGAAAAGGAAAUAUCAAAACAUAGGAAACAUUUUAAAAUUGAUAGUGAUGUUGCUGCUAUAAUUAAUAAGCAAUUAAAACCAUAUGAUUUAUAUGUUAUUAGAAAUUAUAAGAAAGAUGAAAUAAAAAAAUUAAAUAAAAAUAAUAUUAAAGAAGAAUCUAAUAGAUUUCAUUAAUAAGAAAUAAAAAAAAUAUAAUAAAGGGUUUUUAGUGUUAUAUAGGAAUAUUAAGACUUUUUAACAGAGGAUUAAGUUCCUAAUUCAAAAUUAAUUAAAUUAUUUAAGAAAGAACGUUUAGCAUCUAAUUAUUAAAGUAUAUUUGAAGAAGCUCUUAAAGUAGCAAAUAGUUAAAAACAAUUGCUUUUCACUAUUUGGGACUUAAUUGAUGUUUAAAGAUUAGAGCCUUAUGUUAAUUAUUCUAAACCUAGCAUGCUUAUUUCUCCAAUGAUGAAAUUUUAACAUAUUAUGUGUUGGUGUAAAUAUCAAAUAAAUGAAUUUAAGAAAAUAUCUUUGUUUUCUACUUCUGAAAGAUUGAAAUUAACAGAUUAAGCAAUAAAUAAUAUGUUUUUAUUAAAUGAUUUGAUUAAUUAGAAAGUUGUAUCAUAAUUUUUUUGUGUUAAUGAUCAUUAUGAAUUAUUUGGACAUUUAAGUUCUGCAUAAAAUGAUUUGAUUUUAGAGGAUGAUUUUUAUAGAAAAAAGAUGUAUCAUUUAGAAUUUGAAUGGGCAUUUAAUAUUUAAAAGCCUUGGAGUGCUCCAAUAGUAUUGAUUUGUGAAUAUUAUGGUUAGAAAAUAGGUCUAUAUUUUUAUUAUUAGACUUAUUAUACAAAGAUGUUACUUAAGAUAGCUUUCAUUGCUUUAGGAUGUAAUUUGGUAUAAUGGGUUAUUUAGGAUGAUAAAACAGAUUUAAAUUAUUUAUUAAGAAUAAUCUUUGCAUUUGUUUAAAUUUAGUGGACAAAUUUAUUUGUAGUUGUUUGGUAAAAAAAGUAAUUGAUAUUCAAUUUAUAAUUUGGUUAAUCAGGAAAGGAUGAGAUUUAGGUUUAGAGAAGUAAUUUUAUUGGAAAACAUAGGAGAUCAGUAGAAAAUGAUUAAUUGAAUAAUGUUGGAAUUAAUGAACUUGAAUUAUAUUCAAGGAUGCUUUUAGCCACAUUGAUUUUAAUGUUAUUAAUUAUUUUAUAUUGUGGAAUUGUUAUUUGUCUUUAUAUUUUAACAAUUGCUUUAAAAUUAAAGAUGUAGGAGGAUGAAACAAUAAGAGAUGCAACAUUUGAAGUUAUGGUCACUGCCACUAUUAAUAUUGUGAUAAUCUAAUUUUUGGAUAGAGUUUAUGAUAUAAUAGCAACAAGAUUAACUGAUUUUGAGAAUUAAAAGACAGUUAAAGAUUAUGAAGAAAGUUUUGUUACAAAGAAAUACAUUUUAUAUUUUAUAUCAUAUGUUGGUCCAUUAAUAAUUAUAGCAUUUUUGAAUGAACCAUUUAAUCUUUAUUGUAAGGAGACAAAUUGUUAAGAGCAUAUUUAAUAUCAUUUUGCUACAAUGAUUAUAUGGGUAUUCUUUUUUAAGACUCUUAAAAUAUUUCAAUUAAUAAUUAAUGUUAAAAAGAUUCCUAUUUUUAAAUACAAAUUCGAAGAGAUCAGUAUAUCUAAAUAUGUUUAAGAAUAAUCUAAUCGUAAAUCUUAUGCAAUAAGCCAAGAAAGAUAUGGAACAUUAGAAGAUUAUAUGGAGAUAUUUUUAUAGAAUACACUUUUAUCAAUUUUUGGAUAUAGUUUUCCAUUUAGCUUUUUUCUUUUAUGGGUGUAAAACAUUGCAUAGAUGUAGGCUGAUAAAGCAAAAUUUGUUUAUUUUUUAUAAAGACCUUGGCCAUAAAAUAAUUCAUCACUUGGUGUUUGGAAUAAAAUAUUAGAAUUAAUUAAUUAUGUAUGUAUAUUAACAAAUACUGGUCAAAUGACUAUGGAAUAUAAUAGAAAGUAUGGAUAUGAAAUAAUUAUGGUUUAUUUGAUGUUUUUAAUCUUUAAUUUUUCUAUGAAUUUUAUAAUGAAUGGUACAUUUGGUUAGAUUCCAUAUGAAUUAGGUUUAUUUAUAAAUAGAUAAAAAUAUCUAAUAAAAAAUACAAUAGAAUAAUUUUCAAAGAAUUAAUCAAGUGGAUAAUAAUCAAAAUAAGAUGUAUUAAAAAGAUUUCCAAUUUUUAAAAUAUUUUCAACUGUUUAUGAUUAAUAAGCUGGAGAAUUUGAAACAGUAAGUUCAGAAGAUGAUUUAGAAAGUCAUUAUGAUUUAAAUUAGAUGAAAUUCUUAUGUAAAAAUGACUAUAAAAAAGAAUAGAUUGCUGUAGUUAAAAAGUAAGGUGUAAAUAAUGUAAAUGAUAAAUCUAAAAAACCUAUUUCUUAAGAAAAAUAAAUACUAAAAUAAAAAAUAAAUGAAUUAAAAUAAAGAGAUAUUUUAAAAGAAGAAGUUAUGUCUGAUCAAGUUAUGUUAAAUUAUUUUAUAAAAAGAAAAUUUAAUUGGGCAUUUGAAAUCAAAUCUUGGAAAAGAAAUUAUUUUAAAAAAUUUCAAAAAUCAAUGAAUUUUCUUUAUUAAAAAUAAUUAUUAAAUUAACACAAAAUUACUUGGUGUGAAUUAAGAGUAUCAUAAAGAAACUUAUAUAUUAAAAGAAAGACAUCUGUAUUGAGAUAAUUAGAAUUAAGAAAAUUAAUUGUAUUUAAAAGAAAUGAAAAAAAAGUUAUUGAAUAAUAUAAAGAGAAGGCAAAAUUUAAAUUUAGAAAACAAUUUAAAAUGCUUGAUCCAAAAAGUAAAAGAUUAGAAGAGAUUCAAGAAUUAGAAACAUUAUAGAAAAAAUUUGAUACUUAUGUAAAUAAACAUGCUUGGCUUGAUAGUACAAAAGUAGUUAUAAUAAAAAUGAAAGGUAUUUGGUUUAGUUAAUAUCGUAAAUCAAAUAUUAAAACAAGAUCCUUAAGUAUGGUUAAAGAUUUCUUUUUUAAAACUAAGUUGAUUGAUAAGUUAAAAGGAGAUUCUGGUUUGUAAGAUCAAGUAGAAGCUGCUUUAGGUGAUCCUCAUAAAUAGGAAUCAAUUACUUUGGAUUAAUUUAUCAAAGCCUUUUGGUCUUUAGGAAAUGCGUAAAAAUAUUAAUUAUUUCUAGUUCCAAAGAAUAAUUUGAAAUACCUUUAUGCUCAAGAGAAUUAAAUAUGUUGGAUUAUUAUAAAAACAAAAAAAAAUCUGAGAUUUACAUUCAUAUUGUAGAUAAAUUUAGAGAUACUUAUGUAUUCGAUUAUUAAUAUCUAAAAUUAUAAGAAAUUAUGAUGUAAUAUUUUGAAGAAGAGAUGUUUCCUGUAGAGGCAAUUAAAUUAUAAAGAUAAUUAAGUGAAACAGUUUGGAUUAGUAGUGAUAAAUACAAUACAUAAUGUUUAAUUUAAUUUUUAUAGAUUCGACAUGAAUAAAAAUUAAGAAUAAAUCCUGAUUGUAAUAUAAAUUCAGGAGUAUUUUAUGUAAAAGCAUAUCCUUAAAUCAGAUUAUCAAAUAUUGUUGAUUAAGUUGAUGAUUUCUAUAUUAAAGGUUACUGUAUAUUUAAAUAUGAGAUUUUAUCAUAAUAUACAUUAAAGCACAUAAUAAAAUAUCGAUCUCUUUAUAGUUUAGAAUACUCUUUGACUGAUUUGCAUGAAUUUUUACAUGCUAAUCUAAUUUUAUUAAAAUAAUAGAGUCAUGGUAAUCUCAACAUUAAUAAUUAUUAUCUUUAUGGUAGAAGUUAUGUAUUAUUAUAAUCAAACAAAGAAGAAAAUGAUCUAAUUAAUUUAGCAUAAGUAGUAAUUGAAAUGAUUCUCUUGCAUCCAGUAGAAAAUGCAAUAAAAGGAUAUUAAGAAUUAUAUACUUUACAUUCCUUACGUCCAAUACUAAUGUUAAUGAUAUAUGAAUCACCAACAAUUGAUGAAUUAUUAGAUAAAUUAAUUAGCAAACAUUCUUUUAUGGAAUAUAAUAUAAAUCAAGAUGAUCGACAUAAAUCAAUAAAAUAAGAAGAUACUAUAUUAGGUUAAUUAGCAUUAGCAACACAUUAAAUAAAUUUAAAUUUUCGUAUGAAAAAAUUUGAAUAAACAAUUUAUGAAAUUAAUUCAAUUGAAAAAUUUUUAAUGAAAAAAAAGUUUUAAGACAAUGAAGAAUUCUUGGAUUCAUUUCUCACUUAUUUAAUUGUUAAUCAAAAUAGAAUUAUAUCUAAAUAAUCUGAAAUUAAAUUAUUACUAAAUAUUUUAUUAAUAAUCUAUAUUAAAUUAGCUACUUUACUUUAAAUGAGAAAAAACUUUUUACUUGAAAUGGAAUAAUUAUAUCAUUCUUUAACUCGAUCUAUUGAAAAUAUUGAUGAUUUAAUGAAAUAACUUAGUUUAAAUGUCAAAUUAGAAUAACUUAGUACUACUGAAUAAAAGAUUUUAUUAAGAAGAAAAUUAACCAGAUCCAAAUCUUAGAUUGAUUUAUCAGCAGCUGAUAGAAUGCUUUUAAUAUAAAAAAUAAGAAAGCAUCCAAAUUAUAUUAAAGUAAUUUGUUAACUUAAAAAAGAAUUAUAGAGAUACUCUUUAUAAUUAUAAGCAUUACAUUCUAUAUAUUUAUAUUUUAAUAAGAAUUUUUUAUAUUCUGCAUAACUAUUAGAAAACAUUCAGAAAAUUUAAACUGAAAUAAUUCAUUCAGAUCAUAAAAUUUAAUUAGUAAUUGAAGAUCCUUAAGAUCUUAGUCCUAGUCAAUUUAAUUUUGAUUAAUAAUCUCCUACUUUAGAUGCUACACUUAAGUAAUAUUAGGAAUAGGCAUUUGAAUUAUAAAAAGAAUUCUAUGAUUCUCCAAAUUAUUGUACUUAAUUGCUUUUUUAUAAAUAUUUACAACUAUUAGUUUGGUAUGAUGGUGGUAAAGAAACAUUUUAAAAUGAUUGCAUAGAUUUCAUUUAAAAUUAAAUUGAAUCACCAGUUUUUGAGUACUUUUGUGCAUAAUUAAAAGUUAUGUAGAAAUCUGAAUUACCUUCAGUUUAUAUUGAAUUUAAUAGAACUUGUCAAAUUGGUAAAUUUAUUAUUGUUAGAAUGAAUAAAUGGAUAGAGUAAACCUAUUUAACUCCAUCAAAUUAUGAACCAUCAAACGAUUUUUAAUUUAAUUGGAAAUAAGUUGUAACUUAUAGUACAAUAGAAUAAUCAUUAGAUAAUCGGCUUUUCUUAAGUAAAAUAGUUGGAUAAAAUAAAUUCGAUCUAAAUUAUUUAUUAUAUGAAAUUAGAGCAAUACAUUAAAUAUUACAUCUAGAUAAUUAUAGACCAUUAGAUCAUUCAAUUAAUCUUUAAAAUUUAGAUAUAUCUAAUUUAAAUCAUGGUUUUUUAUAGAAUAGUUUAAUUGUUAGAUUAAAGUUACUUCAUAAUGAAAUAUCAAUAGAAUCUAAUUCUUGGUUUCAUAGUUCAGGAUUAUUAUAAUUUAGAGUAUUCUAUUUUUAAUCUUUAUGUUUCACCUUUUCUAGAAAACAUUUUGAAAAUAUGUGUUGUGAAUCAAGUAAUCUUUUACAUCUAGCUGAAAUUGCUUUAAAAUAAAUAUCUUAUGAUCAUUAAAGUGAUGCACAUCGUUUGAAAGCAUUUCAAAUAUUAUAAAAACCUUUUUCAUUAUUUGAAUUGAAAUCUAAUGUGAAAUCUAAUUAAAUUAAUUAAAUAGUAAGCUCAUUUUUCUAUGUGUCUUAAUAUUAUAGUAUAUAAGAAAAAGAAUAAUAUUUUAAGAAUAUUCUGGAUCUAUUUGGAGAAUAAGUAAAACCUUCUUUGGCAGUGUUGGCAUUAAUCCAUUUUUAUCUUUCUAAAGGAUAAAAGGAAAUUGUUGAAUUAAUAAUUAAGACAUCUGUUAAAUUGAUUCAUUUAGAUUCAUAACUAUUCUAAAAUGCUCAUUUAUCAUUUGUAGAUGAUUUACAUAUUAGUAUGCUUGAAUGUAAUUAAGAUGUACUUGAAUAUCUAUAUCCUUAUGAUUGUUUAUUUAAAAGAACAACAGAUAUUAGAUCUUUUUCAUCAAAUCAACAAAUUUUAAAUCUUAAAUAUUUAAUUUACAAUUAAUUUUUUCAUCAAGAUCCAGAUUUCAAUAUUGAUAUAUUAGAAGAUCAUUUUAAAUUAUUUGCAUCAUAUCCUUAAUUGAUAAAAUUAAAGAAUAUUUACUAAUUAUACAUAUCCAUACAAAAAUCAAUUAAAGGUGAAAUUACCUUUGAAGAAAUCGACAUGUAAAUUUAAAUAUUAUUUAGAUUCAUUAAAAUGUAAUUUGAAAAUAUAACUGUUUAUUCUUCAAUUAUUAAGAGUCUUUUGGCAAGAUAUUAUAUUAAUUNA